ACCCAUUUCGAAUUUGGAGCAAAAAUUUUCACUGAGAUGGGUUCGCAUGAUUCACUUUGAUACGUAGAAUCUUUUAUCGGAGCUGCUGAUUGCAUAUUGAUACGUCGAGAUUGGAUAUCGAUCUUGCGACUGAUAAUUCUUGCAGUGAUGGAUCAUAGAUUCUCUGGUGGUAUGCAUGGUAUGAGAGGUGAGAGGACUCCGUUGCUUAAUAGGAAUGGUCUGAGGAGAAACGAUCCAGAGGCAAACGGUGAGCAGGGUGAUCUUGAGAUUGGAGAUGCUGUGCCGGCUGCAAACGUGAGUUAUGUCCGAGUGAUCUCUCUGGCAAAGCCAGAGGCAGGAAGGUUGAUUGUCGGUACUAUCGCGUUGCUAAUUGCGUCCACCUCAAGUAUACUGAUUCCAAGGUUUGGUGGGACAAUAAUUGAUAUUGUUUCGGGAGAUCUCCAAACACCUGAACAGAAAAGUGAAGCUGUAAGAGAAGUCAAUAAAACCAUAUUAGGAAUCCUUCUGAUUGUCAUAAUUGGUUCAAUCUGCACAGCACUUCGAGCGUGGUUAUUUUCUUCUGCAAGUGAAAGAAUUGUUGCUACGUUGAGAAAGAAUCUAUUCACCCACCUUGUUAAUCAAGAAAUAGCGUUCUUUGAUGUUACACGGACAGGGGAGCUCCUUAGCAGGCUUUCUGAGGAUACCCAAAUCAUUAAAAAUGCUGCAACUUCAAAUGUUUCUGAGAUUCUUAGGAACCUUUCUACUGCAUUUAUUGGGCUCGGGUUCAUGUUUGCUACAUCGUGGAAGCUAACAUUGCUGGCUUUGCUUGUUGUUCCGCUAAUUUCAAUUGCUGUACGCCAAGUUGGACGUUAUCUUCGCGAAGUUUCCCACAAGACUCAAGCAGCUGCAGCUGUUGCUUCCUCGAUUGCUGAGGAAACUUUUGGUGCCGUGCGCACUGUGAGAUCUUUUGCUCAGGAGAACUUUGAGAUUUCACGCUAUUCUGAGAAAGUAGAUGAGACAUUAAAACUUGGACUUCAGUAUGCUAAAGUCGUAGGUCUUUUCUUCGGAGGUCUGAAUGCAGCAUCCACACUAUCAGUUAUUAUAGUAGUGAUAUAUGGAGCUAGAUUAACAAUAGCAGGCUCUAUGAGCGCUGGAUCUCUGACAUCCUUCAUUCUUUAUAGCCUCACGGUUGGAACUGCUGUGUCUGGGCUGUCUAGCAUUUACACGGUGGCGAUGAAAGCCGCAGGAGCCAGUAGGAGAGUUUUUCAGCUUCUGGAUCGUGUUUCUUCAAUGCCAGAAUCAGGAAAGAAGUGUCCUAUGGGCGAUCACGAUGCAGAAGUGGAGUUGGAUGACGUCUGGUUCGCCUAUCCUUCCCGUCCUCGUCAUAUGGUGCUUGAGGGUAUAAAUUUGAAACUGCUUCCUGGUUCGAAGGUUGCACUUGUUGGUCCAAGUGGUGGUGGAAAGACCACCAUAGCAAAUCUGAUUGAAAGAUUUUACGAUCCUGUUAAAGGAAGAAUUUUGAUCAACGGGAUUCCUCUAGUAGAGAUAUCACAUGAACAUCUACACAAAAGGAUCAGCAUAGUGAGCCAGGAGCCUGUACUUUUCAAUUGUUCGAUUGAAGAGAACAUUGCUUAUGGACUCGAUGGAAAAGCAAGCGAUGAAGAGGUGGAAAAGGCAGCUAAAAUGGCUAAUGCUCAUGACUUCAUAUCAAAAUUCCCUGAAAAAUACAAGACAUUUGUUGGUGAGCGUGGAGUGAGGCUUUCGGGAGGUCAGAAACAGAGAGUGGCGAUAGCACGAGCUCUGUUGAUGAACCCCAAAAUCCUUCUUUUAGAUGAAGCCACAAGCGCUUUGGAUGCAGAAAGCGAGUACUUAGUCCAGGAUGCGAUGGAAUCGUUAAUGAAGGGGAGAACGGUGCUAGUGAUAGCACAUAGGCUUUCAACGGUACAAAGUGCCGACACAGUUGCAGUUGUAUCGGAUGGAAAGAUAGUUGAACAGGGGACUCACGACGACCUCCUAAGAAAGGAUGGUAUUUACACCGCAUUAGUGAAGAGACAGCUACAACAAGGGGCUAAAACCGAACUCUAGAUAGACUUCUAACUUAAUAGUGAUCAUCUAUCAAAGAAUGACUCUGGUUAUCAAAGGCUAGCUGCAUAAUCAAACAACAAAUGCUCGCUAAUUAAAUAUUUGUUCGAUUAAUUCAAUACGCAACGUUUGGUGUACGAAACUCAUGUUUCAUCGGGCAACUAUAAACAUCGAAACUGAGAUUGAUGCAAUUCUUCA